CGAAUGUACAAGCCAUUAGCAAAUCAGAGUGAAUGCUGGAAGAAGGGAAAUGCACCCCUUUCUAUGGCAGGAAACCCACAUGGGGAGAUCUACCAUCCCAAAAGUCGCUGUUUCAUUGCUAACCUCACUUCAGUCCUGGUGCCCAGGAGUGGAACCACACUCCUCCCUCAGGUUCUGCCCUUCAGACAGGUGGAACUCACUGGUCGAUGCUACUUACAUAGAUGCACAGAAGGAAGUACAUACUAUGUGCAGGCAGCAGGAUCACCUUGGGUCCCCUGCCUCCCAGGGAAUUCUAUUCAGGUCCCUGGGUAUCAUGGCCUCCUCUUCUGUCCCUGGGGCCAGUUCUGCCAGGCAAAUGAGGCUCUCAUGGCUCUUCCUCCCUCAACUGCAAGCCCUUCAUCCCCAGGCUUGCUGAUCCAGUUGGCCCUGGGACUAGCUGGGCCCCCAGGCUACUACCUGAGCAAAAUACAGCAGCAGGAACUCACCCAAACUAUACUGCAGGCCCUGGUGAUCAGAGCAGGCACUCACAUGUGCCAUUUCCACAGUCCAUCAAUAAACUCUAACCUGGUGUUUACUGUACACAUGUGGGAGUUUCCUGGCUGUCAAGGGCCCCCAGCUGAGAUCCUAUAUAGAGUUCUGAGCCGAUCCCUCAAUGAUACACCACUAAAUGUGGAUUAUGGUGGAGCCACCUUUACCACAGACCACAGCAGGUGGCUGGCUUCACCAGGCCUCAUUUCCCCAAACAGGGGUAUAAUCCUGCCCACAGGCCUCAGCCUCAUGCUACUUAUUCUGAUGGGUACAGGGGGAACUGUGGCCUACAGAAAAUACCAAGCUUCCCUUCGAAUUUCACCAUCAGCCUCUUAUCCUUCAUCAGGACUCCCAGGAUCAAUAAGAAGCCUACCUGACAGAAUGAGGGAAGUAUAAUGUGACAUUAUCAUGAA